CCAGCGCCCUUCUUCAUGAUCGGGGAGGGCUGCUACUACUACAGUGAGACCUUCAUGACGUGGCAAGAGGCACGAACGACUUGCAAAAAUCUCCUGCCGGAGGAAGACGCCGACCUGGUCGUCAUGGACACCUACUACGACGACUUCCUGAAAAUAAAAUCCUACGUCAUCUCCAACGGUCUGGCACCUUUUUGGGUGGGCGCCUCUAAACUAAACUUCCAGGACUACUGGUCGUGGGUGGAUGGACGCCCCGUAGACCUCACGGGUCAUUACUGGAAAGCCGGAUACCCAACAACUGGCGAUGAUGAGAACUGCGUCUUCAUGGUUUCUGUUGAUGAAUUCGUCUUGAGGGUGCGAUUAUAUAACGACGUCUGUCAUGAUAUGUGGCCCUUCCUGUGCCAGCUGGGCGUCCAAGCAUUGGAAUAGACUUGGAUAUUGUGUCUGCUGAGUCAUUAAACUCUAUAUAUUUCAGUACAAAAUCUGAACUGUUAGAUAUAUAAAAAAAAAGUCUAGGAUUUGUACCCAAGGACUAUUAACUUGAUAACUUAUGUUAUAUUCUAUCAAGAGAGCAGUUUUAAAAAUCAUAUAUACAACAAAAAACGUCACAAAUAAAAAGAUAAAGUUUAUAAUAAAUGCGUAAAGUGUUACCAGUAUUUCAGUUAAUAAUUGUUGAGGUUAUUAAUAAACAUUAACUACAA